UACAAGCCAGGAAGGAACUGUUGCUGUGGACUUUAUUAACCAAUGAGAAGCAGUGUGGUGAGUAUAAAAGUGGGAGUUGGCGCCGAGGUGUGUCAGUUACCUCCUCACCUCCACAGUAAGACGCUCUAUUAUAGUGAAGAUGGCUGCUAUAAUAUUUCUGGUGAUGGCGGCGGCAGUGAUGCCAUCCUGGGCCCAAUACUUCGUUAAUAACAACGCAGCUCCCGCCAUCUUGGGAGCCACUGACAGGCCAUUCGUUACCUUAAGUGGAAACCUUUUGGUACCUGAAGGCGGCCCCACCCAACCUCCUCAACCUCCUCAACCUCGGCAACCCUUCCCACAACUACCAGCCCAACCUGUGUUUGUUCAGCCACAACUGCCAAGCCUGCCUCAAGUCUUUACUCCUCAACCUCAACGAGUAUCUCCCCUAUUGACUCCCUUUACCUUCCGUCCAACUUCAUCUUUAUGCAACCAUGCUGCUAAACCCCUGGUUGACGAGGUAGUGGACGGCAGAGCAUACCACUUCUCAUGGUGUCACGACUCUGGUCGACUCUACACCUGGGAGCAAGCAACCUAUUACUGCUCUGGGCUUGGCAACGGUUUCCAGGCCGUCAGUAUUGAAAGUCUCAGGAAGCAAGAGUUAAUUUCCAACUAUAUGAUUACCCACUACAUCAGCGACAUCUGGACGAGCGGCAACAAACGUAACUCGAGGUCUUGGUCGUGGUUAUCUGGCACUUCCUCUCCCUACUCUAACUGGUCUAGCACCGGCAGGCGAGGACUGCCACAGCCAGACAACGAUGAAGGCAACGAGGACUGUCUGGCGGUGUUAAACAACCUGUACAACGAUGGUGUCACUUGGCACGACUCCAACUGUUUCCACCUGAGGCGCGUCAUCUGUGAGGCUCCACGCUUCUACGCUCAAUAGUUGUUCCCCAUCAGUUAUCAUUAUUGUAAUAUUAUAAUCAAUGGUUUAAACUUCUAACUCUAUCGAUUGAUACAAAUUAAUUCUAGAGAGAAUAAGAUUCUAUUGUGUAGUAAUAUAAAUGCUAUAAACGCA